AUGGAAGCGACCUCCAGCAACCUGGCGUCACCCAUGGACGCAGCCCGCACCUCUCCGCCAAUUAUAAUAUAUCAUACGGACCAGCCUGCUACGGACCAGCCUUUCAGCCGCUUGCUAAGCCGAGAACUCCGCAACAUGAUUUGGGCACCCGUCGUAGUGAAUCACAACGGCAAAACAAACAGCGAUCUUACAACAGUCCUUGUAGGGACAGACGCCAACACCCCUGUCCGCCUUCGGCGCGCAAUCGUCGCACAACCCCCCAUCACUCUCGCCUGCCGGCAAACUCGUGAGGAAGCCCUACCCAUCUUCUACAACGUGAAUGCCUUUAUCUGGGCGCUAUCGGCGAGAGAUGUUUGUUACUCGUUCGAGAAGGAGGAGACCAAGCUAUCCAUCGUCGUGCAGUGGCUCAAAGCGCUGACGGAGAGGGAGAGGCGGUGGCUGAGGCGGGUUGUGUUGCAAUGGCAGUCAGGGCAGAUGUUGGCUGUGGGCUUGGCGAAGCAUGAGGUUAUGGAGUUGUCGGGCCGGGGGUGGUGA